AUGGCGACGCCGACGGUCACAGUCAUUAGAUCGGAUUUAUCAGGUGUGGGUAUAUCAGAUCAACGGCUUCGUCAGAAUGGAUUCACCAGAACUAGAAUAAUCGAUGUGGUUCCGAGAAGACCAUCACCGCCAAAUUUCGAAGCCGCACAGAAUGAGAGGCCUUCACCACCAGCGAUAAAGGCUUCAAUAGAGGCACUGCCAAUUAUUCAUAUUGUAAAACAUGAAGAAGAAUGUGCUGUUUGUUUGUUGGAGUUUCAAGUUGGGGAAAAAGCUAAAGAGAUGCCAUGUAAACAUCGUUAUCAUUCGAGUUGUAUUAACAAGUGGUUGGAGAUACAUGGAUCAUGUCCAGUUUGUAGGUAUAAGAUGCCCGUGGAGAUACCGGAAUUAGUUAGCAGUAGCAUUAAUCAGUAUCCUUUAGAAAUUAAUAACACACUCUUAGCUCAUCCUAUUCAAAGGCGGAUCCAGAAUUUUGAGUUUACGAGCUUUGGAUUCUAA